AUGAAGAUCUUGCAGGGAACUGAUCAGAAAGCACAAGGUCUUACCUUUACUGAAAUCCCUCACAAGAUCAAAGGCCUAGCAGUCCCGCAGACCGGUCGUGUCUGCGCCCCAACCUCCCCCCGCCGCCCCCUCCGUCCCCCAAGUCGUUUCCCGGGCCUGGCCCGCGUUUUCCGUGGGGUAGAGGCCAUUGCCCGGGUCUGCGGUGCGUUGUCUGUGAGGUCUGCCAUCUUCAACUUUCAGAGUCUACUGACGGUAAUCCUGCUGCUCAUAUGUACCUGUGCCUAUAUCAGAUCCUUGGCUCCCAGCUUACUGGACAGAAAUAAAACCGGACUAUUGGGCAUAUUCUGGAAAUGCGCCAGAAUUGGUGAACGGAAGAGCCCCUACGUGGCUGUGUGCUGUGUUGUGAUGGCCUUCAGCAUCCUGUUUGUACAGUAG